GUCACCGGAAAGGCGGGCGAGGCCGCCCGGUGCCGGCCAAUGGGGAGCCCGCCGGCCGGGGACGCGGCCGGGGAGAAGCGGGGAGAACCCGGAAGGGUUGGCAUUCGGAGCCUCGCUGCCCAGAGGAGAGACCUUCCCUCCCCCCCAGCCCGCCCGCCGUUGCAUGCGCAGAUGGACCCGGUGGAAGUCGCCGCCGCUCCCGAGGCCGGGCCGGGCCCCGCCUGGCAGGGCAAGUGCCCAUGGGGAGCCCCUAAAACAACAUCAAUAUCAUGUUCCCUUGCUGAUGUCAUGAGUGAACAGCUGGCGAAGGAGCUACAGCUGGAAGAAGAAAAUGCUGCUUUUCCUGAAGUGGUUGCUGUUGCUGAAGGACCAUUUAUUACAGGAGAAAGUGUUGACACUUCGAGUGACCUAAUGCUAGCUCAGAUGCUGCAGAUGGAAUUUGACAGGGAAUAUGAUGCGCAGCUUCGGCGUGAGGAGAAGAAGAUCAAUGGAGAUAGCAAAGUCUCCAUAUCCUUUGAAAAUUAUCGCAAGGUGCAUCCCUAUGACAGUGACAGCUCAGAGGAUGAGGUUGAUUGGCAGGAUACCCGUCAUGAUCCUUACAGAGCAGAUAAGCCUACCACUACACCAAGAAAGGGCUUCAUCGGAAAAGGAAAAGACAUUACUACUAAGCAUGAUGAAGUGGUAUGUGGAAGAAAGAACACUGCUCGCAUGGAAAAUUUUGCUCCUGAAUUCCAAGUUGGGGAUGGAAUCGGGAUGGACUUAAAGCUGUCAAAUCAAGUCUUCAAUGCCUUAAAGCAGCACGCGUACUCCGAGGAACGUCGGAGUGCAAGACUCCAUGAAAAGAAGGAGCACUCUACUGCUGAGAAAGCAGUGGAUCCUAAAACGCGUUUGCUUCUGUACAAGAUGGUCAAUGCUGGGAUGCUGGAGACCAUCACAGGCUGCAUCAGCACAGGAAAAGAAUCUGUUGUUUUUCAUGCAUAUGGAGGAAAUGUACCUGAAGAUAAAGUUAUACCUCCAGAAUGUGCCAUCAAAGUGUUUAAAACAACUCUUAAUGAAUUCAAGAACCGUGACAAGUACAUUAAGGAUGACUACAGAUUUAAAGAUCGCUUCAGUAAAUUGAACCCACGGAAGAUUAUUCGUAUGUGGGCUGAGAAAGAAAUGCAUAACUUAACAAGAAUGCAAAAUGCAGGAAUUCCUUGUCCUCAAGUUGUUAUCCUUAAGAAACACGUCUUGGUUAUGUCUUUCAUUGGCCAGGAUCAAGUCCCAGCUCCUAAACUAAAGGAUGUAACACUUAGUAGUGAAGAUAUGAAAAAGGCCUACUGUCAGACUCUUAAUAUGAUGCAACAGUUGUAUAAGGACUGCAACCUGGUCCAUGCAGAUCUGAGUGAAUACAACAUGCUUUGGCAUGAUGGGAAGGUCUGGCUUAUUGAUGUCAGUCAGUCUGUGGAGCCAACCCAUCCUCAUGGACUUGAGUUUUUGUUCAGAGACUGUAGGAACGUUUCACAGUUCUUCCAGAAAGGAGGCGUGACAGAAGCACUUAAUGAGCGUGAACUCUUCAAUGCUGUCUCAGGUUUAAAUAUUACAGCUGAUAACGAAGUAGACUUCCAAGCAGAGAUUGAAGCUUUAGAGAAGAUGAAUGAAGAUCACGUGCAGAAUCAUGGGAAGAAACUGUCAGUGUUUUCAAGCAAUGGAGACCCACCUAUAUAUGAUGAAUAGCACUGAGUGUAUAGCUGCUAACAAAUAGAAACACAAAUUUACUGCCUCUAACUAUGUUGGUGCAGUGGUAAAUGUCAACUACCAAUGUCAAGAGAGAGUGGUUGACUGGGAAUACCAAAGUGGGAAACAUGGUGAGCAGACAGUGAUGCCCCAGGGUUGGUUUUUUGCUUUUUUUUUUUUUUUUAACUUAACCCAGACAUCAGACUGGCACUGUGAGAAUGGACUGUCACUACCUCUUCAGAUGUUCUGACAACUUCAUCAGUCACUCAUUUAUGUUAGACAAAUGUAGCUGAGGUGGUCAUAUUUUGCAUGAUUCAGAGCUUUUAAGUUUUAGUUUAAAAAUGAAAAAAAUAAAAAUAGAAAUUGUCUUAAGUAUGUAGUGGGAAAGCACACUAGGAGAGGCCUUCUUUUUUUCCUAUUGCUACCUGAAAAACUAAUUAAAAAUUCUGUAUGGACACAAUGUCAGUGAAUCUUUCAUCUUCCACCAAGGGCAAACUGAAGUAAAAUAAUGUGCUGCAGUCAUAUCAGAAAGUUAAUUUAACAAACCCAUGUCUUCAUAUAUGCAAAAGUCUGGACUUUUUUUUUUUUUAAAGUACAUGGAAUGUGGCUGUAACUGUCUCUCUAAGUACAAUUGGGUAUUACAUGAGAAACAGAUUGGAAUCCAGCCAGCUGAGGACUUCUUUGGCCAGGAAAUCCUGGGAGCUGUGUAACAGAGUAAGUUCAGUUAGCAUCACUCUUAAUAUACAAGUGGUAUCAAGAUCUCAGAACAAGAAGAAAAAAAAAAAAAUCUCUAAUAAUCUUGUCUCUAAGCUGAAAUUCUGGGUAGAGCAUCAAGCCUUACCCCAAAGAUAGUUAUAGAUUAUGAAAACGAAAUAUCGGUCAUAUUUUUUUUAAAGGAAACUUGUUGCUUACUAAAAAUACUCAAAUUUGUCUUUUUCAUGCUUUUAUUCUCUAUGUCAGUAUUUUAGCAAGUUCUAAAAACGUAGCACUGUUUCUCUCCAAAACACUUGUAAAGAUGAACAGAUGUAGUGGAAUGGUCUGGAAUGAAGAAAUUCUGAUUGACUUCUUUUUAACUCUAAUUGCUGUUUAUGGUGCUGCUCUUCAUCAGGCAGAAUAUGGUGUUGCUACAUGUGACAUUCUCACAGUGUGCUGUGGAAGUGAUUUUUUUUUUUUUAAAUGAUUUGUUGCUGUUGGAAAACUGGUGGUGAAGUAAAAACUUAAGAUCUUGCA